AUGCCUUCCUACUUGUUGCAUCAGCGGAACGAGCCGCGCGAUGGCUCCCACCCCACCGAGCACGACUCGGACCAACAUGUCUUCGUAACGGCAGAGGCUGAGGAGACCGUCACUGAACUGCACCGAGCCAUCUCGAAGCAAUCCAAACAUGCGGAGCCAGAGCCGUCUCCUUCGCCGGCAUUUGAAGAUUUUGAAAAAUAUCUGCGCAGUACACAGGAGGAUGCUGAAACUCAGGCGAAGAAGCCCCAGCCCGUGCCGCUCAGCGUAUGCUUCAAAUCAAUUACCACCUAUGGAAGGCAGGGUGGUCCAAAAUCUGUCAAAACCCUCAAGGACGCAAUUUGGAGGACUCUGACUCUACAAGAUAUCUACGAAGCUACCCUUAAGCGAUUGAUAUCUCCUGAUCGAGUCGAAAAUGGGCAAGCCCUGAUCCGAGAUUUUUCUGGUGUUGUUCGAAAUGGCCAGAUGAUGCUUGUUUUGGGUAACCCAGGCUCCGGAUGCAGCACGUUUUUACGCACCAUUGGCGGUGAGCACGACUCCUUUUUGGGGGUCAAGGGGUCCAUUGAUUACUCGGGUCUUUCUCUCGAGGAAGUGUCAAAGUACUACAGGGGUGCCGUUGCAUAUAUACCGGAGGAUGAUGUACAUCUGCCCACUCUAACUGUCCGGCAAACCCUGGAAUUCGCUUUGAAGAAUAAGACACCCAAGAAGCUAUUGCCGGAAGUGCCUCGCUUUCUCGACGAGUUCGGCCGAGUGUUUGGUAUGACCCACGUCAUGAACACUUUGGUUGGAAAUGAAUUCGUCAGGGGCGUGUCUGGCGGCGAGAGAAAGCGAGUUUCUAUCUUGGAAUCUCUGGCAUCGGAUUCAUCAGUCAAUUGUUGGGACGGUUCCACUCGGGGACUGGACGCAUCAUCUGCUCUUGAUUACAUACGUUCACUGAGAAUCAUGACGGACACAUGCGAUCGGGCGACGAUUGUAUCGAUUUAUCAAGCUUCGGAUGCCAUUUAUGAUCUCAUGGACAAGAUUUUGCUCAUUGAUCAGGGACGGAUGCUUUACCAAGGCCCUGCCAAGGAGGCAGAAGGCUACUUCGAGGCUCUUGGCUAUCGCCGUCUCCCACGUCAAACAAUGAGUGAUUUCUUGGCAAAUGUUGCUGCGGGAACUCCAGAAAAUAUUCAAGAUAACAAACAAUUGAGCGUCCCUCGAGGAGCAGUCAAUCUCGAACAAGCUUUUCGAUCCAGCAAGGCUUUCCAGAAUGUCCAAAACGAAAUCACCGAGUAUGAGCAUUCUAUUUCUUCUGCCAAUGGCAGCAAUGACAGCACUGUAACUGCGGUCGAGGCAUUUAAGCACUACGGGGAUAAGCAAAAAUCAAGAUUCGUCUCUCCUCGCUCAUCUUACAACACAUCAUUCAUUCGCCAAGCGGUAUUAUGCACGAAGCGCGAAUAUUGGCAACUGAUGGGAGACAAGAUACCGUUUUUGACCAGAUUUUUGUGCAUUUUUUUCUGUGCCUGGCUUCUCGGUUCCAUGUUCUACCAAAUGCCUCUUGACACUCGGGGUGUUUAUUCUCGUGGCGGAUUCUCCUUCUACUGCGCAGCUACGGUAGCCUGGUUCCAAAUGGCGGAGCUGGAAACUGCGUUCUUUGACCGUACUGUGGUCAGCCGUCAACGGAGAUACGCCAUGGUGAGACCGAGCGCAGUUGUGCUGGGGAAGACGCUGCUAGACUUCGGUACCGUCUCAUUCCAGUCUUUUGCUUUUUCUAUUAUCGCCUAUUUUAUGAGUGGGAUGAGGUUAGAGGCCGGCUCGUUUUUCGCUUUUGGCUUCGCCAUUUUCUUUUGUGCAAUGGCGUAUGUAUCGCUAUACCGACUGCUCGGUGCUGCUUCUCCUCGCCUUGAGAUCUCUCUCAGAUAUUGCGGUAUUCUGCUUCUGAUUGCCAUGGUGUUCGGUGGUUAUAUGAGAUCCGUCGAUCGUUUGAUUGCAGAUGUACCAUGGGUUGGCUGGCUAUCUUACACAACCCCAGUUCUAUACGCCUUUGAAAUCAUCAUGGCAGUUGAAUUCCAUAGUCGAGAGUUCAAUUGUGCGUCAAGUUCCAUCAUACCGUCUGGCCAAGGUUAUAAUGACGUUGCCUUCCAAACUUGCAGUUAUGAAAGCAUGUCACCAGGCGAGAUGAGUUUACAGGGUGAUACCUAUAUUCUCAACAAGUUUGGAUUCAGCUUCGGUAAUAUCGGACGAGAUUUCGGGAUUCUGAUUCUCUUCAUGGUCGCUUUUGUGACGAUUAACAUGUGGGUGGUUGAGAAAAUCGACUGGGCUGCAGACGGAGGAGGCGCACUUGAAUUUGCUCAUGGACCACCAGCAUCAAACAACUCUACUACGCAGAAGGACGAGGAGAGCACCAGCCAAACCGAAACACCAGUCAGGGCUGAGACCUUGACUGAGAAAACCAAGAGUAAUAAGACUGGUGAGGGCGGAUUGGUCAAGUCCCAAUCUGUGUUCACAUGGCGCAAUUUGAAUUACACUGUCCCGCACAAAGAUGGGGACAAACAGCUCCUCAAUGAUGUCUCUGGGUUUUGUGAGCCCGGGAAGCUGACUGCGCUGGUUGGCGCCUCUGGUGCUGGCAAGAGUACUUUAAUGACUGUCUUGACACAGCAAGCAACCGGGAGAUUGGAAGGCGAAAUGAAGAUUGAUGACAAGAAUGUUGGGUCAUCUUUUGGGCGGUCUAUCGGUUACUGCCAGCAGAUGGACAUUCAUGUUGAAACAAGCACCGUUCGAGAAGCCUUUGAGUUUUCUGCUCUUUUGAGACAAUCUAGCAGCACAAGCAAGAAGGAGAAGUUGGAGUACGUAGAUGAGAUCUUGGAAAUUCUACAGAUGAAGGAUCUCCAAGAUGUCAUCAUUCGAUCUCUAUCCCUCGAGCAGAAAAAACGUACCACCAUCGGCGUCGAACUUUGCGCGAAGCCGAGCAUGCUGCUGUUUUUGGACGAACCUACGAGCGGAUUGGAUGGACAAGGGGCCAUGAACAUUGUCAGGCUUCUACGACGACUGGCUGAUCAUGGUCAAGCCAUCAUUUGCACCAUUCACCAAGCGAAUCAAGAACAGUUUGAACUAUUUGAUCGUGUUCUUGCCCUGAAUCACGGGGGGCGCGUCUAUUACUUCGGAGAUAUUGGCCCUCACGGCAAGACUGUGGUCAAUUAUUUCACAAAUAGGGGGGUCGGUGUAGAAGCCGACAAGAAUAUUGCUGAUCUACUCAUUGAGGUCACAGCCAGAAACUCGAGCUCUUCUCCAGGAAAUGAUUGGUGCGAUAUCUGGGACGAGUCUCCUGAGGCAGCCGCCGUGUUAGAGAAAAUCGACAACAUCACCUCAAAGGCUCCAGCCCAAUGCGAGGACAAAGAGUUGGAGCCGGUCCGGACCUACGCCUCUUCAACGCUCUCCCAGAUCAUUCUCCUGACGAAGAGAACCAUGCUGCAAUACUGGCGAACUCCAGAUUACGUCUAUUCACGCCUCUACUGCUCCUUCUUCCAUGCCUUCCUUAAUGGCCUCGCUUUCUUGCAACUGGGCAACACCGUUUCUGAUCUUCAGUACCGAGUUUUCACCUGCUUCCUUGUCUUGAUGAUCGUUCCGGAGUUCAUCAACGCCUGUGCGGUAAUGUUUGACGAAAACAGGAAUAUUUGGCUGGGAAGAGAGCACCCAAGCCGAAUAUACGGCUGGGUGGCAUUUACUACCGCCCAAGUGGUCUCUGAAAUCCCUUAUGCCUUUGCUGGCGCAGUAUUGUUUUACGUCUUGUUCUAUUUCCUUAUUGGCCUUCCGCUUGGGGAGCCGGCUGGUGCUGACGCGGUCAUGGCGGCUAGCGUGAUGCCCUUCUUCAUUGUUGUAUGCGAAUUCUUCAACGGCAUCCUGCAACCUGUAGAGCUCAUGCCGGUUGUUUGGCGGUACACUCUGUACUACAUCGGCCCUUUCACCUACUGGGUUUCUGGAACGAUCUCCAUGAUUCUGCUACCAGUCAGUGUGAAAUGCGCAGAUUCAGAAUUUAUCCGCUUCCAUGUUCCGCCUAAUACCACCUGCGGCGUUUACGCAGAAGAUUGGCUCUCCUCAACAACUGGAUAUCUGGCGGAUCCUGAUGCCACUGACACGUGCAACUACUGCCAGUACACAGGAGGGCAAGAUUAUCUUUCAAACAUCAAUGUGUCUGCCUCUGAUGCCUGGCCAUAUCUGGGCAUCUUUGCGCUCUUUACGGUCACGAACUACCUUUCGGUGUAUCUUUGGGUUUACAUCAAAUCAGUCAAGAACUGGCUGCCGUGGUAG